AAAUAAACAGUGCGGUGCGUCGGAUGCGGAGUAGAGCUGCCUCGACACCAUGCUGAACAAUCUGGGCCCUGUCGGCAUUAAGGAAAUGUGCGGCGAGGACAUAAAGCGGCACCAAGGCGACCUGAAGCUCCUGGACCAGGCGCGCGUCGGCGGCCUCUGCGACGGCGGCCUGUCGGGCAUCGGGAAUUCCCUGAGCAACAGCUCGAACGACGGCGACAAGCCGACCAAGCAGAAGAGGCACCGGACGCGGUUCACGCCCGCCCAGCUCAACGAGCUCGAACGGUGCUUCUCCAAGACGCACUAUCCCGACAUUUUCAUGAGGGAGGAGAUCGCCAUGAGGAUCGGACUGACCGAAUCUAGGGUACAGGUGUGGUUUCAGAAUCGCCGGGCGAAGUGGAAGAAGAGGAAGAAGACCACCAACGUCUUCCGAACUCCCGGUGCUCUUCUGCCGUCCCAUGGGCUCCCACCGUUCGGCGCGAUGGGCGACGGUUUGUGCGGAUCCAGCAUGUUCACCACGUCGGAUUCGCGAUGGGGCGUAGCCGGUAUGGCCACAGGUUUGGGUCAGCUGAGCCAGAGCUCGAUGAGCGGAUUCGGCCAAUCGUUAGGUCAACUAAACCAAAGUUCCGGACUUAGUCCCGCUCUACCAAUUAGUAGUUCUAGUACAGUUUAUCAAGCCCAUUACGGACUGAAUUCGUUAGGUGACAGUAUGAUGACGUACUGCAACAGCGGCGGGGGCGGGAGCGGGAGCGGCGGCGCGGGCGGCUCCCCGACCCCCCAGAUACCGUGUUCGAACGCCGCCACGCCGCCGGGCACGUCGGGCGCCUCCCCCAACGGGGGCGGCGGCGGGGAGGAGGACGACGUCUGGCGCGGCCACAGCAUCGCGGCGUUGCGACGCCGAGCGUCCGAACUCAACGCCACCAUUCCGUCUUAUCUGCAAAUCAACUACGACGCGCACAACAACGCUUCUGUCUAUUAGUUCUGUUCUUGGUUAUUUUUUUUUUUUGAAUUUUUUUCGUUGAAUUUCUGUUGCUGUUUGUCUCCGACGAGUCGUUCUCUAAGUUUGUUAUUUUUUUUUUUGAUAAUCUCGAUAAUCUAUAGUAGAAAAAUCCGUACUACUAAAUACUAAAUUAAUACUCAAACUGUACUAUUUAUUGUUUAGUUGCAUUUGUAACAUCUACCUAUGUGAUGUGUAUACGAUGUAAAAUAUUGUCUGUACAAAUUGAUAACUAGAUAUCAUUAACUAAGGAUAAAAAUCAGUGUGAUGUAAUUGAACAAUUUCUCUCGAGUCUGUAGAUGUAGCUUGAUCUGCGUGAUGGUUUAGUUCA